GUAAAGCCAAGUGAUAUAAUUCACUGAGUAAAAGGAGGAGACACUUGGCAGCUUGGCACCAGUACUAAUGAAGCCAAUAGCCUUCUCUGCUUUCUCCUUUUGGCUGGCUCUCCUUUUGGCUGGCUUCCUUGGCAUACACAUCGCUGGCAGUUUUGUGAGAAGUCAGAAGAACCAUACGCUAAUUUUCACCAAGGAAAACACAAUUCGCAACUGCAGCUGCUCAGCGGAUAUACAUGAUUGUGAUUACUGCCUGGCAAACUUGAUAUGCAAUUGCAAAACGGUGCUGCCUUCUACCCUAGAAAAAACUACCUACAACAGCCACCUGACCAUUUGGUUCACAGACACCUCUGUGCUGGAGACGCUCCUCAACUUCACAAGGGUGUGGGAUUUGAAGCUGUCCUUCUGUGGCACCACUCCUCUCCCAACAGAAUAUUUGGCCAUUUGGGGACUUCGAAAGCUCCAGGUAAACAAGGUCAAGGGACAAUUUCCAGAGCAGAGUGUAACCAUCUACAGCAGCAGCAACAACGAAAAAGAAGACUCACUUGUGGUGCACAACAAAGACAGGCAAAUGCUUGUAUAUAUUUCCUUUCUGGAUACCUCGCUUUUCAAUGGAUAUUCUUUGCUGAAGUCCUACAGUAUUGAAAACAUCUCUAGUAUCACAGAGCACUUUCCCAGCCUGCUGUACUCUGAUGUUUUCUCAACCUCAGAUAACAAGAGCUAUGUUGUAACAUUCAUUUACUGA